AUGACUCUUUGGGGCCAAGACACCGUCAGGGAUGUCGCCGAGUCCGUCGGUAUCAUCAACCUCAACAAGGAUGUCAAUCAAGCCCUCUGCCGCGACGUCGAAUACCGAAUAUCCCAAGUCCUGCAAGAAGCCCUCAAGUUCAUGAAACACGCUCGAAGGACCGUUCUCUGGUCGCAAGAUAUCGCACAGGCAUUGCGAGUCCUGGAUCUGGAGCCUUUGUAUGGCUAUGAGACGACGAGACCUCUGAAAUAUGGCGAGGCGUCGUUGGGACCCGGGCAGCCACUGUUUUAUGUAGAGGAUGAGGAAAUGGAUUUUGAAAAGCUCAUAAAUGCGCCUCUGCCGAAAGUGCCCCGCGAGGUAUCAUUUACAGCACACUGGCUUGCCGUCGAAGGUGUUCAGCCGUCUAUUCCUCAGAAUCCAACUUCCAACGAAGGCCGAAAUCUCGAACUUCUGCCCAAAGGACCGAAUGCCAACCCGGCUCUUGCUGCGAUGGCCGGCUCUGACAAUACUGCUACGAAACCUCAAGUCAAACAUAUACUGUCAAAAGAACUCCAGUUGUACUUCGAAAAGGUGUGCGCUUCUAUCCUUGACGAGACACAACCCGAAUAUAGGACGGCCGGGCUAGCGAGCUUAAAGGAAGAUCCAGGCCUCCAUCAGCUGGUACCGUACUUUGUUCAGUUCGUGGCGGAGAAGGUUACGCACAAUCUCAAGGAUCUUUUUGUGCUCACCCAGAUGAUGCUGGUUACGGAGGCACUGACGCGGAACGAGAAAUUGAACCUUACACCUUAUGUCGCUUCAAUGGUGCCUCCUGUCUUGACGUGUCUCAUCGGGCGAUCAUUGGGCUCAGGCAUUGGCAGUCUUGACCACUACGACCUACGCGACCUCGCCGCGUCCUUACUGGGACAUCUUUGCAACAAGUACUCGAAGCAUUCACACAACCUGAAGCCACGUUUGGCCCGUUCGUGUCUCAAGACCUUUCUCGAUCCGACGAAACCCCUUGGCAGUCAUUACGGUGCUAUUCUCGGACUGAAAGCCAUAGGUGGAGCAGAGGUCGUGCGACAACUGAUCGUCCCCAACCUGAAAGCCUAUGGUGAGUUGCUGGAAGAAGAUAUCAACACCGAAGGCAUGAAAAAGCCCGAGGCAGAGAAAGUAAUGAACGCGAUUCUCAACGCUCUCGGGACUCUCAUUGAUGACGAUGUUCCCACGAUGAAUGGACAUUCGGAACAGGCCAUGAAUAACAUGCGCACAAAGCUAGUUGAAAAGGUCGGGUCGGUGGUAGGAAACCGAAUAGCGGACUCUGGGCAUACGCGGCUGGCAAAGGCUGUUCUUGACGACACUUUCAUAGGACUGUGA